AUGCCCCCAACGGCCGGAAAACGCAAGCGAGACACCGCUGUUGUGUCGCGAUCCACAAAAAUCAAGGAGGUUAGCCCUCCACCGGCAGAUAACGCGCAAGACAUCUUCCGCAAAUAUUUCGAGGCGCAAUUCGAGCCUAUUGAACCUUCCAAGCCAGACACCGAUCCCGAGGAAGACGAGGGCGAAGAUGAUGAUGAGGAGUUAUCAGAUGCAGAAGGCUCUGACUGGGAUGGCCUAUCUGGAGAAGAGGAGGACAGCGACGAGGAGAGUUACGAAGUGGAGAUUGUUGAACACAAGGAUGCCAAAAGGACAGAUGAUCUGAUGGAUAAGAAAGCUCGCAAAGCGUUUAUGAAUUCGAGACCACCGACAUUGGCAGAUGCGCCAACGAAGACAGCAGAACCAGUUACGAAGGAAGAGGAAGAAGAGGACAAGGACAAUUUCAAGCACGAUCUUGCAUUACAACGUCUCCUCCGGGAAUCUCAUCUCCUUGAGGAUGCGUCGGAUCUCGCACCCACCGGCAAGAACCGAUUAAAGGCUCUCGAUUUGCGCAUGCAAUCUCUUGGUGCAAAGACGUCUCUUUACGACCAAAAAAUGCCCGAUGCGCAUCGCAGGGGUAUCAAAUCUAAAGCCGCUUCGAAGGACGCUAAGCGACGACUGGAGGCCAAGGAGAACGGAAUUAUCCUCGAGAAGCCUUCCAAGGUUACCAAGUCGAGUUCAGCACGAAGAGAACGGGGCAUUGGAGGGUCUUCUAUCGGAAAGUUUUCCGGUGGUACCUUGAACCUAAGCAAGCAAGAUUUGCAUACUGUGCAAAGUAUUAGGAGCCGAAACGACAGAGGAGGCCGAGGAGGUAGAGGCGGACGAGGUGGGCGAGGAAGAGGAAGGGGAGGAGGCCGCGGACGGAAAUGA